GCGCAGGUAACAUCUUGCAAUUGUUGCCUAGAAACAGAAGCUACACGCAAUCUGAGGAUGUUUGGCGCGGCAUUCAGGGUGGCGGUGCUGGUGGUGUCGCUGGCGGUGGUGCUGGCCCUCCCUCCGAAAGGAGACCUGAAGGCCCUCGUCGGCAAUCUCCUCCAGGAGAUGAAGAAGAGAUCCACCCAUUGGGGAAUGAACAUGACCACGACCGAGAUCAUUGAGGCCAUGGGCUAUCCCACGGAGAUCCACACCAUCACCACCACCGACGGCUACAUACUGGAGCUGCACCGCAUCCCGCGAGGCAUCAAGCACAGGAGCAGCGACAGGCCCGUGGUGUUGUUGCAGCACUGCUUCCUCUGUUCCUCGGCGGAUUACGUCAUGAACACUCCUGACGAGGCUCUAGCCUACGUGCUGGCCGACGCGGGAUACGAUGUGUGGAUGCCCAACUUCCGCGGGAACACAUACUCCAGGAACCACGUGAAUCUGGAUCCCGCCAACGUUGACUUCUGGAACUGGAACUGGGACCAUAUGGCGGUGAAUGACGUGCCCAAUAGCAUCGAUUACAUCCUGGCCACUACAGGGCGCGAGGACCUCUACUACGCCGGCUGGAGCAUGGGAACUACAGUCUUCUGGGCAAUGAUGAGCGAGAUGCCGGAAUACAACAGCAAGGUCCGUGCCAUGGCGGCCAUGGCUCCCGUGGCCUACAUGGACUACUCUCAGGGCCCGAUCGUUGAGCUGGCGCCUUACUCAGGAGAGAUAGAUACCAUCGCUUCCCUGCUUGGCAUUGGCGAGCUCUUCCCCAGCGCCGCGUACAUGGACUACCUCGCCGAAAAUUUCUGCGACAGCAACGCCACCUUUGCUGAAGUUUGCUACAACUUUAUAUUCCUGAUCGCCGGACCCGACUCGGAGGAACUUAACGAGGAAUUCCUGCCGGUCAUCCUGGCGCACACCCCUGCCGGCUCCUCUGUGCACACCAUUAAUCAUUUCGCCCAAAUUGUUCUCUCAGGCAAGUUCCAGAAAUACGACUACGGUCUGCUGGGUAACCUGAACCACUAUGGCCAGAACAAGCCGCCGGAGUACAACCUGAGUGCCGUGACUACACCUGUCGGGCUUUUCUGGGGACAGACUGACUGGGUGGCGGCCCCCGGAGACGUGGCGCGCCUUGCUGUUGAGCUCCCCAACGUGGCGGUGAACCACAGAGUCAACAAGGAUCAGUUCAACCACCUCGACUUUGGUUGGUCCAUCCAUCCCUACGAGUACGUCUACAAGCACGUCUUGGAAUUCUUCGCCAAUUUCUAGGGCGCCGCGGUGAGCGUCCCAGGACCGGACCACCAGGCAGCCACCCAGAGAGUAGCAGCAGCGACAGCAUUCCGAGUGGCAAGCAUAGGAAUAAAGACUUCAUUAUU